AUGGCAGCAUAUAAAAAAUCAAUAAAACAAACGACAACAUCAAAUACGAUACCUACGGAAUUUCAUUUUAAAAGUCCACUAUCUGAUAUGUCACAAAGUAAACCACGCGUAAUGUCAUCACAUCGUCCAAUAAUUUCAAAUAUACCAAAAUCAUCUCUUAGUUAUCCAACAGCAAUUCCAUCUCCAAGAACACCAUAUCGUUUAAGUUAUUACCAUCAACAACAACAGCAAGGUGAACGAUUCUUAUAUGCUCUUAGGACACCUGUAACACCUCGUCGAGCUGUUUCAGCUCGAAUAUCUAAUAAUAGUUUAAAUACAUUACCACUUCAUCAACAACCACAUUUAUUAGCAUCUCCACUUUUACCACGUCCACAUCCACAAUAUGGUCAUUUUCUUGCCUAUCUUCGACGACAAUCAUUAGCUCGUAUACGUCGCAAACAACAAGAAGCAGGAAAUACAGAUACUAUUGAAUCAACAAUAAAAUUUAAUACAACUAGACCAAUUUCGCAAACAUUUCAUUCAAUAUCACAUGCAUCUCUUAAUAUAUCAACAGCAGAACUGUUGUCAAUGCCAACAAUGUCUUUAACAUCAAAACGACGAUCACGACCAUUAUCAUCUCAUCAACAAAUUCGGCGUCCAUCAUCAUCAUCAAUACAAACAAAUUAUCGUUUAAGUUUAAACCAAUCACCAUCAUUAAAAGUACUACCACCACCACCAUCAUCACCAACACAACAAACACCAACAAAAAUAACAUCAAAUGAGCAAUUAAUAAUACCAACAUCAACCGUUCUUACACCAACAAAUUCAAUUGUUGAUGAUACAAUUAAAUUAUCAACAUUAAAAACACCCUAUGAACUACAAUUAAGUGGUGAUAUGCUUAAUUAUUGUUAUGUUAGUGAUAGUGGAGUUAAAUAUCAAGGACAAUUACUUGCUACAUUUGUUUAA